AAUCAAAAAGAAAGAAAAAAAAUGCAGCCCCAGUCGACCCUUCCCGGAACCGAGGAAUUCAUGAAGAUUGAUUCUCCUGAUACUGUGCUCCAGAGAAGCAGCAACUUGCCACUAGAGAAGCCAAACUCAGAUGAGGAUGGAUGGGACCAUGAUGAUAUAAAGACUGAACUGAAGUUGACCAAUGGAGCUUCUCAUGGCGAUUAUCUGUUCAGGACGUCCAUGGCCACCAAAGCUCCAACCAGGAACAUCACUACGGCGAAAACAGAUGUGGGAGGACCAGGGAGCAGCAGGCAGCCUUUGCUGCCGCCACAGUUUGGAUGCUAUGGACCUUGGCUCGCUACUUGUCUUGAGCGAGGGAUGUUUCCCCAAAUGAGGAAUACACAGUUCUCAGACUGCAAGUCGGAAAAAUCGCAGCUCACCAUAUUCUAUGCCGGCACUGUCAAUGUCUACAACAAUGUCCCUGUUGAUAAGGCCCAGGCGAUUAUGCUUCUAGCUGGUGAAAGCUCUUUGACGAAGCCUGUGGUGGCAAAAUCUGGAGAUAUAAUCAAGACGAUUCCACCUCAGCCACGGCAGAUCAGUUUGCCUUCCAUCUGCAAGCCGCAGGGUGACAUUCCAAUGGCAAGAAAGAAUUCACUUUGCCUCUUUCUUCAAAAGCGUCAUGAUCGGAUCACAAACAAAAGCCCCUAUUGUUCAUCUGGUAGGAAACACCGAGAAGUGGAGCCAAGAGAAGAAGAGGGCUCGCGUAACACCGGGAACGAUCGCCAUUGCUCUCCUCUGUCGCCCUUCCCUUCGCGAUUGGGAUUCCUCUGUUCUGUAUCAACUACCAAGAAAUGACAUCAAGUACAACCGCCAUCUUUCUCCUAGUCACAAUAACUAUGCUAAUUACAUCUAUCCACCCAAUAAUCCUCACAGACACUUCUUGUUUGUUCUAACAAGAAGUAAAUGCACCACUAUGGACGUAGUAUAGAUAAAUGAGCACUGUUUCCAUCUUUCAAAUCCUGGAUACUUUGAAGUACUUUCUGAUUUCGAGUUGCUGUAAUUUCUC